AUGUCUUCAGACGGAGAAAAAGCCUCCAAGAGGGCCGCCUCCCCCUCCCCCACCGAAACAGACGGCGGAAACACAGAUGGUCUUCAUCGCCGUCUCAACAACAGACAAGUCCAACUCCUCUCCAUCGGAGGCACAGUCGGCACCGGUCUCUUCAUCGGUAUCGGCGCCGGCCUAGCCAAGGGCGGUCCCGGUUCCCUUCUCGUCUGCACAGCUUUAUACGCCAUGGUCCUCGGUCUCACCAACAACUCCAUCGCUGAGAUGAACACGUACAUGCCUGUCUCUGGUGGCUUUAUCCGUCUUGCGGGCCACUGGGUCGAUGAUGCUCUUGGCUUUAUGGUCGGCUGGAACUUCUUUCUCUACGAGGCGCUGCUUAUCCCUUUUGAGAUUGUCGCCUUGAAUCUGGUUGUUUCUUUCUGGAGUGAUAACGUUACGCAAGCUGGUCCUACGGCGGGCUUUAUUAUUGCGGUUAUUAUUGCUUAUGGUGUACUAAAUCUCCUCGCUGUCGGUGUCUUUGGUGAAGCAGAAUUCUGGCUGGCCCUCGGCAAAGUCCUCCUCAUCUUCAUCCUCUUCAUGUUUACCUUUGUGACGAUGGUCGGGGGUAAUCCUCAGGGUGACGCAUAUGGCUUCCGCUACUGGUCCAACGUGCAUGACGCAUUCGCUACAUUCCGAUCCGAGGGUGAUCUUGGCCGUCUCGAGGGCUUCAUGGGUGCUUUGGCCUCUGCUGCGUUCUUCGUCGUCGGUCCCGAUUACAUCUCCAUGGUUGCUGCCGAGGCCAAGCACCCUAGUCGCUAUGUCAAGACUGCCUUCAAGACCGUCUACUUCCGAUUCGGUCUCUUCUUCAUCGGUGCUGCUUUGACUUGCGGUAUUGCUCUUAGCCACACUGAUCCCACUCUCGUUGGUGUUCAUCUGGGUGAUGGCUCUGGUCACGGCACUGCUGCUGCUUCUCCUUGGGUUAUCGCCAUGGCUAACCUUGGAAUCGAAGGACUGCCUCAUCUUGUGAAUGCUCUUCUUUUCACCACCAUUUUCUCCGCCGGCAACACUUACACCUACUGCGCGACCCGAUCUCUGUACAGUCUCGCUCUCGAAGGACGAGCCCCUGCCUUCCUUCGCAAGACCACAAAGAACGGUAUUCCCAUCUACUGCUUCGGUGUCACCAUGGUCUUCCCUCUUCUGGCCUUCCUCCAGCUCGACUCCAGCUCCGCUGAGGCUCUGACUAUCCUCCUUGCCCUCAUCACCGGUGGAGGUAUCGUGGACUACAUCACCAUGAACAUCACCUUCCUCUUCUACUACCGCGCCUGCAAGGCCCAAGGCAUCGACCGCAAGACAAUGCCCUACUUCGGCUACUUCCAGCCCUACUGCGCCUGGAUCGCCCUCAUUCUUCACACCGUCGUCUGCUACACCUACGGCUACACUUCUCUUGCACCCUUCAACGCCAAGAACUUCUUCUCCAACUACACCAUGCAAAUCAUCGCACCUUUCACCUACAUCGGCUGGAAGCUCAUCCACCGCACCAAGAUCGUCAAGCCCGAGGAGUGCGAUCUCGUAUGGGAGCGCCCCGCCAUCGAUGCUUACGAGGAGCGUGCCAUGAUCGUUGACCCUCCUACCGGUUUCUGGGAGGAGAUCAUCGGCCUUGUUGGUAUUAAGAAGAACAAGAAGAACAAGACUGCAGCUGAGGCGCAGGUUUGA